GUGCAGGCUACCUCGGAUUUACAAUGUUAACACGCGAAGCGAGUAUUCCAGUGUCCCUGGUUAAUAACAAAAUAUAGCCCGUGUGCCAAAGUGUUGGCUAUAUUUGCUGUAGUCUUUUAACAAGACAAGCAGCCUCUUUAGCAGUAACCCUAGGACAGGGAUUAUCGUGUUAAGGGGAUGCUGUGUGUGACGAACUCUGAAUUUCAAAUUUCCGACCGCCCGUGAAGAGGGCGUAGCUCCAUCCAGACCCCUCUCGCCACCUCAACUUUCUUUUUGUUCCUCCCGGAGGUUGAACCAUCGCUAGAGAAACAGAGAGGAAAAACAUAUAGGCCUGGCCACAUUUAAAAAAAAAAACUAAACUAAAAACCAAAGGAAACGAUCAUGAAGUUGUCUAUAAUUCGUAGUGCGUGUGGCAGCCUUCGGCUACAUCCAGCCCGUUCAGGAACCAGGCUCGGCGGUUUGUCGCGGAGAUGCCUACCGGUUGGUCCUGCCAACAGCCGGUUGAUCCUCCGGACGGCGAGCUCUGCCAGCAGCGGCGGGACUAACCCGAAAUUAGCCGUCAGCUCUGGGGAACAGUCCCGAAAGAGUGAUGGGUUUGAAUGCGACAGUUCUUUGAGGGAUGUGGUUCAGAGCACUAAGGAGGCAAUGGUUGCUCUGCAGAGAACAAAUCCAGCAAUCCAACCUUUGUUAGUCAUUAUACAGGCAGGUGAAGAUGACCGCUUGUUUGAGAUCAAUAAGAAAAUGGCAGAAAGGAUGGGCUUAAACAUCACUCAGAUUUGUCUGGCAAAGGAGUGCAGUGAAGAUGAAAUUGUAGAGGAGGUGUUGAAGUUGAAUGAAGACCCCAGGGUGCAUGGAGUCUACCUCCACCUCCCCCCUGCUUCCCUCACCAGUCGAGUGCUGAACACACUCAAACCUGAGAAGGAUGUAGACGGGAUAUCAGAUUUGAAUUUGGGCCGUCUGGUACGAGGAGACCUGAGCAAAGGCUUUGUGCCACCCAUAGCCAGCGCUGUCCUGGAUCUCCUGGAGAAACAUGAUGCUCCUUUGGAAGGGAAAACUGUGUUGCUGGUCGGAGGAGAAGGAGCACUUGGGGUGGCCCUGCAGUGUCUGAUUGAAAGAAGUGGAAUGGUAGCACUCAAGAGCCAUUGGCACUCCAAGAACCUACAGAAACAGGUGAUGCAGGCUGAUGCUGUGGUUCUGUUAGGGGCAGGAACAUUGGAUGUCCCACCCACCUGGGUUAGACCAGGGGCGGCUGUCAUCUGCUGUGAGCCCACCCUGAAGACAGAUGAACAUGCUAUUAAGAUGUCCUCAAAAUCUGGUUUAGGAAACCUCAUAGCAGCUUACAGAACCCAGAAUGUGGUGCGUAGUUGCAGUCGGUGGCUCCAGGAGCAGCAGUACCAACCGUGGCGUCUGCGUAGCCUCAAACUGCAGCCCCUGACCCCUGUACCAAGUGACAUAGAGAUUUCCAGAGCUCAGACGCCUAAGCCAGUGGACCAACUGGCUAAGGAGAUUGGUCUGCUGCCAGAAGAGCUUGAGGCCUAUGGCAGGAACAAAGCUAAGGUCCGACUCUCCCUGUUAGACCGUCUCCACACACAACCUGAUGGGAAAUAUGUCCUGGUUGCCGGUAUAACUCCCACCCCACUGGGCGAAGGUAAAAGCACAGUGACCAUCGGCCUGGUCCAGGCCCUGUCUGCCCACCUUAAGCUCAACUCCUUCGCCUGUCUCCGACAGCCUUCCCAGGGACCCACCUUCGGAGUUAAAGGGGGAGCUGCAGGAGGGGGAUAUGCCCAGGUCAUUCCUAUGGAGGAGUUCAACCUCCACCUGACUGGUGACAUACAUGCUAUCACAGCAGCCAAUAACUUGGUGGCAGCAGCCAUCGAUGCCAGGAUGCUCCAUGAAGCGACGCAGUCAGACAAGGCCCUGUUCAAUAGACUGGUCCCUUCAGUGAAUGGAGUCAGAAGGUUUUCACCCAUCCAAAUCUCCAGGCUGCGACGUCUAGGGAUCAGUAAAAUAGACCCUGCAUCUCUCACACUCCAGGAAGUCAGCGCCUUUGCACGUCUUGACCUUGACCCUUCCAAGAUCACCUGGCAGAGAGUUGUUGACACAAAUGACCGUUUCUUGAGGAAGAUCACCAUCGGACAGGCAAGCACUGAAAAAGGACAGAUCAGGGAGACUGGGUUUGACAUAGCAGUUGCCAGCGAGAUCAUGGCCAUCCUGGCUCUGGCCGACAGCCUGGAGGACAUGAAAAACAGACUGGCACGCAUGGUGGUGGGGACCAGCCGCUCUGGACAGCCUGUCACCGCAGAGGACCUGGGUGUGAGUGGAGCACUGACGGUGUUAAUGAAAGAUGCCAUCAAGCCCACGUUGAUGCAGACCCUCGAGGGUACGCCAGUGUUUGUCCACGCUGGGCCCUUUGCCAACAUCGCCCAUGGCAACUCCUCGGUGCUGGCGGACAAGCUGGCUUUGAAGUUGGUCGGACGGGACGGCUUUGUGGUGACAGAAGCUGGUUUUGGAGCGGACAUCGGGAUGGAGAAAUUCUUCAACAUCAAAUGUCGGGCUUCAGGGCUCAGGCCAAAUGUGGUGGUGUUGGUUGCAACUGUCCGAGCGUUAAAGAUGCAUGGCGGCGGCCCAAAUGUGUCAGCAGGCACACCUCUUCCCAAAGAGUACAUUGAUGAGAAUCUGACCCUAGUUGCAGGCGGUUGCCGUAGCAAUCUCAGGAAGCAGAUCCAAAUAGCGCACCUGUUUGGGGUACCAGUCGUGGUGGCGCUCAAUGUCUUCAAGACUGACACCCAGGCAGAGAUCGACCUUGUGUGUCAGCUAGCAAAAGAGUGCGGAGCGUCUGACGCUGUGCCAUGUCACCACUGGUCGCAGGGUGGGCGAGGUUCUCUUGAGGUGGCCCAAGCUGUGAAUGAGGCUGCCGGCAGACCCAGCAACUUCCAGUUCCUGUACAACAUAGAGAUGCCGAUAGUGGAGAAGAUCAGAACAGUUGCACAGAAAGUGUAUGGAGCUGAUGACAUCAAGCUGUCGCCAGAGGCCAAGUCCAAGAUAGAUUACUAUAAUCAACAGGGCUAUGGUUCAUUGCCCAUCUGCAUGGCCAAGACUCACCUGUCCCUGUCCCACAUGCCUGACAAGAAGGGUGCACCCACUGGAUUCAUUCUGCCAAUCAGAGAUGUUCGUGCUAGCAUUGGGGCUGGCUUCAUCUUUCCACUUGUUGGAACGAUGAGCACAAUGCCUGGUCUGCCAACUCGACCCUGUUUCUAUGACAUUGACCUUGACCCGGUCACAGAGGAGAUCACUGGGCUCUUCUGAGCAUGCUCCAAUUAAAGAUAUCCAUUAAGGCUCCCUGCUCUGUUCUCAGGAUCCUCAACUCCACGCGCACACCGUCAGACUCAUCCACCACCUCUACCUUCGAAAGGAAAUGCUUUUCUCUUAACAGCAGCCCAAACUCUCCCCACAUCACAGUAACGUGUUCCGGGGGGAAAUUAACUUCAUGCUGUAUUUGCACAGCUUCAGUGUGAUUAGCCAAAGAUGAUCUCCUACAGCCAUAUCAUUUAUUCCACAUAUGCUGUAUGUGUGCCAUUAUGCUUUUGGCCUCUCUGUAAGAUGUUUUCUGUAUAUGGGAGAGUCAGUUUAAGUCUUGAAAUUAUCUUGAAUUUUACUUUAUUGUUGUGUUUACUUUUGAUUUCAUUGUUACUCUAAUGUCUUACAAUGGUAGUGCAUUUUUUUAUACAUGUCAUAAGCUUUUUUAACUGAAAUGAGCACAGCUUGUUUAUUUAUUAACUAAAAUGCUCUUGUACGCACAAAUAGCCAUUAUAGUGUUUAUGUAACCUCUAGUGUCCUAACCUGCUAGAUGUCCAAGCUGCUGUACCGUCUGAAUGAAAAUCACUACAAGGUAGACUCAUCAGUACGAAGCCAUUUUUGAGACAUUGUUUAAGUAUUACAUUUUUAUUUUAAGGUACAAAUCCAGCCUGAAAUUGGAAUUGUUUUGGCAGAGGUGAUGAGCCACCCACAUCCUGAUCCAGUCUAGUUUACCUUAAUGGCCUAAACUGUAGCUUUUAACAGCUCAUUAAAUACAUGACAUCUGUUGUGUGAAAUGGCAUCCCUGAUAUUUUCUCUUAAGGUUAAUGCUUUAUUUCAUGAAUGUUGACUGUUACUUUAUGUAAGUGGAGGUGAUCUUAAUUUCAAGCAGGUGGCCCACCUCCACUAUAGAAUCUCUUUACAUUUCACGCUCAGGUUGUGGCUGGUUUUCAUCCAGACAGCUGAAUGUAACUCUGACUUUGUCAGCUGUCCAUGUUGAAAUCUUGUUUUGAUUAUGGUAAUUUGAUUAACGUCCAGUUAACGUCUGAAUCACAUUGAUAUGACAGGUAACUGAAGCUAUUGAAGGUUUUAUUGUACACAGUCUAAACCGAGCUAAAACAAAUUUAAUAGUUUUCUCAUUGACAACAUUUCUAUGUUAAACAUUUUGGUUCUCAGAGAUCAAAAGUGUGUGCCUUUGAAUAAACCUUUAUUUACUCCAAAA